AUGUUUAUCUCGUGUGGCGAGAAGUACGGUCGCGAUCAUCUACUGAACAUUGUCUCGAUGGACCCCACCGUGCUGGUUCGUGUCCUCUUCUCCAAAGAGGAGCAAAGACAACAAUGGUUCAAUCUGUUGCGUGAGAAUACCGUAAUCACUGCACAUCGCGCUGCCUCACUGCAACAACAACAACACAACCAGCAACAACGUGCCCAACGAAUGGCUUCUUCCAGUCUGGCACACAGACCGGGUACGGGUGCUACAAGUGCAGUGGCCUCGAUGGCGAAUGGCGCGGCGGCAACAAUGACAACAACUACAACAAGUGCCACUGCCGCGGCGGCAGCAGCAGUUCCGCCUCCCUCACCUCGUGGUCCCUCGGUUGAAUCCAACGCUGGCACCAUUUCGCCACGCAGAGUUAUUCGAAAAUUGUCUCCCGAUUCUCGUUCACUCUCACACGAACCUGAUUCCGGUUUGUUCACGUCGUCCGGAUCACCGAGGUCCGUCAGAUUACGUGGUGUUGGGUCUCACCACAAGGCCAGAUCAUCGGCAGCAGCAGCUGCUGCUGCGGCUGGGCCGCUGCUAGACACGAGUGAUUCAGCCGGAUCCAUUGAUGAUCUGGUCUCACCAGUGGACCGUCUACACAUGACCAUUAAUCAAAUCAACCGAUUGAUUGAACAAAUUCGUCCCGUGCUGCUCGAAUCCGGUCUAGAUCCACCGGAAUCACACCUUCACUCGCAACAAGCGCCAACGAAAUCAUCGAUGGUUGAAGGAGAUACAGAAAGCGGAGGGGACGCAGCCGAAAAACCAAAAGUUAAUAAUAUGGACGACCUUGUCAUGCUUCUGUUUGAUCUUACCCGAGAGUGGCUAGGUUGUUUGUCUCGUACCGUGGCUCAGACCUACCACCAACGUCGGGGAAGCAGCCUUGUGCCGCUAGAAGCCGAUCGGGAAGAUGUGGAAAGCACUGGCCCAGAGACGACAGGUGGCCGAUCACCCCAAAUCCCGAAACGUAGUGGUUCAUUCAAUAUGAAACGGCAAAGUUCCUUGUCCUGGACCGCGGGUUCCGACUCGACCUCGGUCAAGGAAUCCGCUGUCAAAUCGUCCACUCCACCAGCUGGACCGGGUCAGUCUGUGGCGGCCGACUAUCGUCGUCCAUCCGAGCCGAAUCCGACUAAUGUGGGCUCGCUCACCUUAUCCACUCCUAAUUUGCUUCAGUUUGAAGCCCCACCUCCGCUGCCCGGUAGCGGUGCACGACCCACGGUCGUGAUGAAAGUGCACGAUUUACGUCGAUCCAAACGUGGCCGAACGGCCCGAUCGAUAAGCAUGUCCAAGUCGAGAACAGUCACGGAAUCUGAACGAGCAUUUGCGGAUCGGAUUGAAUUAUUGGCGUCCAAAUUGGUGCAUGCUGUUAGACAGUACAAACAGAUGACAGCUGCGAGCAGUAGCGCACAAGAUGAGGCUGAGACCACUGCGGAGUUGCCCGUUCGUUCUGGAACGACACCUUUGGAGUACAUGUCAGACGAAGAUCGUGCGGAAACGGACAGCGCUGAACAAAGCGAGUUGGACUACAGCGAACCGCUGGCAGACUGUAUCCCCGCGGUAGUAGGUGAUGAAAAUGAGGUCAACAAUGAUGAGGAAGAACGUGUCUCGAUCGGGUGUGAGCAGGCAUCCCAGUUAGACGAAAAUGAAGAGGCGUUCACCCAAGAUGAAGCCUCAAGUAAGGCGGAUACAUUACGUCCCAGUGCAGAAAAGUUGGUGACCACCACCGCCACUCUGAGCAGGUUGGAUACGCAACCGAAAAACGGCACCCCGGAGUCUGACACAAGAGAAAGUGACGAUCCAACUUCGUCUACAUUAUCUGCUGGUGUCGAGGCUAUGGCUGACGUAGAGACGGAUACAAUUUCAGCGGCAACAUUGUCUAGUUCCGGUGGGAUACGUGACAGUGGAUCUAACCGAGCCGCUGCUGAUUCUGGUGGUGGUGGUUGUGAUGGUUCUGUGAUUGAAUUGGGUACGGGAUAG